AUGCAGCUAACACACGUCACACAAGGCACAAACGUCACACAGCCCACACAAGUCACGCAGCCCACACACGUCACGGAGCCCACACACGUCACGGAGCCCACACACGUCACGGAGCCCACACACGUCACGGAGCCCACACAAGUCACGGAGCCCACACACGUCACUCAGCCCACACAAGUCACGGAGCCCACACACGUCACGGAGCCCACACACGUCACUCAGCCCACACAAGUCACGGAGCCCACACAAGUCACGGAGCCCACACAAGUCACGGAGCCCACACAAGUCACGGAGCCCACACACGUCACGGAGCCCACACACGUCACGGAGCCCACACAAGUCACGCAGGCCACACACGUCACGCAGCCCACACACGUCACGGAGCCCACACAAGUCACGGAGCCCACACAAGUCACGGAGCCCACACACGUCACUCAGCCCACACACGUCACGGAGCCCACACAAGUCACGGAGCCCACACACGUCACGCAGCCCACACAAGUCACGCAGGCCACACACGUCACGGAGCCCACACAAGUCACGCAGGCCACACACGUCACGCAGCCCACACACGUCACGCAGCCCACACAAGUCACGCAGGCCACACACGUCACUGAGCCCACACAAGUCACGGAGCCCACACACGUCACGGAGCCCACACAAGUCACUCAGCCCACACACGUCACGCAGGCCACACACGUCACGGAGCCCACACAAGUCACGCAGGCCACACAAGUCACGGAGCCCACACAAGUCACGCAGGCAACACAAGUCACGCAGGCCACACACGGCACGGAGCCCACACACGUCACGCAGAAGGAUGCCUGGACCUCCAAGGUGUCUCAGAAGGAUGCCUGGACCUCCAAGGUGUCCCAGAAGGAUGCCUGGACCUCCAAGGUGUCCCAGAAGGAUGCCUGGACCUCCAAGGUGUCCCAGAAGGAUGCCUGGACCUCCAAGGUGUCCCAGAAGGAUGCCUGGACCUCCAAGGUGUCCCAGAAGGAUGCCCUGACCUCCAAGGAUGCCUGGACCUCCAAGGUGUCCCAGAAGGAUGCCCUGACCUCCAAGGUGUCCCAGAAGGAUGCCUGGACCUCCAAGGUGUCCCAGAAGGAUGCCUUGACCUCCAAGGUGUCUCAGAAGGAUGCCUGGACCUCCAAGGUGUCUCAGAAGGAUGCCUGGAUCUCCAAAGUGUCCCAGAAGGAUGUCUGGACCUCCAAGGUGACCCAGAAGGAUGCCUGGACCUCCAAGGUGUCUCAGAAGGAUGCCUGGAUCUCCAAGGUGUCCCAGAAGGAUGCCCUGACCUCCAAGGUGUCCCAGAAGAAUGUCUGGACCUCCAAGGUGUCCCAGAAGGAUGUCUGGACCUCCAAGGUGUCCCAGAAGGAUGUCUGGACCUCCAAGGUGUCCCAGAAGGAUGCCUGGACCUCCAAGGUGUCCCAGAAGGAUGUCUGGACCUCCAAGGUGUCCCAGAAGGAUGCCCGGACCUCCAAGGUGUCCCAAAAAGACGAAAGGACCUUCAGGACGUAA